UCUCAAAUCAAUUUUUUACUCAACCACUCUUUUUCUAUAUCUACUUGCUCUUCCUCCUAUAUAUAUUACGUGCAUAAUUGUCUUUCUUUUCUACUUAUUAUUCCAACCCAAAGAUUACAGAGAAAAUCUUGAAAGAUGGCUUUUUGGUUAAUGGCAAGAACAUCAAGAAAAAUUACUGAUCAUCUUCAUAGAAAUAUAGGAAUACUCAGAAGCUCAUCAUCCGCAUGCAGUCUUCUCAACACAACUCGUAGGUUUGAAUCAACUAAAGCAGACAAAGAUAUCAGUUUUGGGUAUGAUACCAGUGAUGAUGAAAAUCAGGCCUUGGACUUUCCUGGAGGACGGGUUACAUUCACUUCCCACAUGAGAUUCAUACCAGAGUCCCCUGAAAAGCGGACACACUGCUAUCGGGUUCUUGAUGACAAUGGAAAGACAAUUAUAGGCAGUCAUUACCAAAAUAUAAGCAAAGAAGUUGCUGUAAAAAUGUACAGUAAUAUGGUUACUCUUCAAGUCAUGGACACCAUAUUUUACGAGGCACAAAGGCAAGGAAGGAUUUCCUUCUACCUUACCACAAAUGGAGAAGAGGCAAUCAACAUUGCAUCAGCUGCUGCCCUAACCCCAGAUGAUAUUAUCUUCCCUCAGUACAGGGAGCCUGGAGUGCUGUUAUGGCGUGGUUUCACCGUUCAAGAGUUUGCAAACCAGUGCUUUGGAAAUGGUGCUGAUUAUGGGAAAGGACGACAAAUGCCAAUCCACUAUGGGUCAAAGAAGCACAAUUAUGUAACUGUGUCAUCAACAAUUGCUACGCAGCUUCCCCAAGCUGUUGGCGCUGCUUAUUCCCUAAAAAUGGAUAAGAAGGAUGCAUGUACAGUCACUUAUUUCGGUGAUGGCGGCACAAGUGAGGGAGAUUUCCAUGCUGCCUUAAAUUUUGCAGCUGUUAUGGAAGCCCCGGUUGUUUUUAUUUGUCGUAACAACGGAUGGGCCAUUAGCACCCCUACAUCACAACAAUUUCGAAGUGAUGGUAUAGUUGUGAAAGGUCAAGCUUAUGGAAUUCGCAGCAUUCGUGUGGAUGGGAAUGACACUCUUGCAAUGUACAGUGCAGUCCAUGCAGCUCGUGAAAUGGCGAUAAAGGAACAUAGGCCCAUCCUAAUUGAGGCACUUACAUAUCGAGUAGGACACCACUCGACAUCAGAUGAUUCUACCAAAUACCGCCCAGUUGGUGAAAUUGAACAGUGGAGAAUGGCACGAGAUCCUAUAGCUAGAUAUAGGAAAUGGGUUGAAAUGAAUGGUUGGUGGAGUGAUGAAGAUGAAUCGCAGCUCCGAAUUGAAGCUAGAAAGCAGGUUCUGGAUGCAGUACAAGUUGCAGAGAGAGUGAAAAAACCUCCACUUGCAGAGCUCUUCACAGAUGUAUACGACCAGCCACCGUCCAAUCUGUGCGAGCAAGAGAAGUUUCUUCGUAAUAUAGUCAUGAAACAUCCACAGGAUUACCCUACUGACGUUCCUGUUUAACAAUAUACGACGAAUCUGCAAUUCAUGUAUGAGGAAAUGCAUCGUUGGUACCAUCAAAUUACCUGCCAUAUCAUAUUGAUCCUCUGUAGGGGUGAAAAAGGUGGGGUCUCAUCCCAAAAUUUAAACAAAUGUGAAAUGAUCAACGAUGCAUUGGUGCAUGUUGCUAAUCAGAAUGCCAUAAACUACUAUUCUUUUUAAUCUCUCAAAAAAAGAAAAAAAAAAGAAUUCUUUAAAAUUUA